AUGUUAGAUAGACUAUCUCACCUACAGAUCCUCCAACUCAAUGUUGGCCGAAACUGGGAAGCACAUGAAACUGCGCUACAACUAGCUUUUGAAAAUAACUGCCAUGUAGUACUAAUUCAAGAGCCCUGGAUAUUCACAGACCGCUCCCGUCGAAUAUCUAAACACCAUCCAUCAUUCCACCAACUUGCCCCGAUUGAGGACUGGUCAGAUAGGCCCCGAGUCCUCACCUAUGUAAUGAAACAACCACACCUGAAAGCGGACCUAGUUCCUUUUGGACCACCAUCCAGGGACAUUCUAGCCGUCCAAAUCAACACCCCCCAGAAGACGGCAUUCCUGGUCAACAUCUAUAAUGCUCCCCGUGGAGCAGUUGAUGAAGGUCAAGGUUUGGAGUCUCUCAUGGCACAGACAACUCCAUCCCUCCCCUGCUUAAUAGCUGGAGACUUUAAUCUCCAACAUCCUAUAUGGCAGUCCUAUGCUCGACCUUCUCCUAGAGCAGAACACCUCCUAUCUUGGACAGAAUCCCAAGAUCUCACCCUGACACUCCCACCAGACUCGUCGACUCGAGGACAAAACACGAUUGACCUAUUUUGGGCGAAUAGUGCUCUGCUCAGCCUUGGGAUAUCCUCAGAAGUCACUGCAGACCUCCCACCUCUUGCAGACCAUUUGAAGCGAAUGUGGUAGGCUAACUGGAACAGCUGGUCCUGGCUCAUUCCGCGCUGUCACGGACUAAAAUAACGCCUUUGUUG